AUUGUGCGCUGUCAAACGGGCUGACGUGUAAGGUUUACUCUCCUUAAUUGUGUCUAUUUGUUGCGUUGUGAAUAGAGACUUUUCCAAGGAAAAAAUUUAGUUUAAAAGUGAGUAUAUUUGUGGGUUCUCUGGCUGAAAAGUAAAUACAAAAAAAGCAAGAAUCAGUGGAACAAUUGGAAAACAGAAGAAAUGACCACGUACGAUGAGUACAUUCAACAGAACGAAGAUCGUGAUGGUAUUCGUUUGACUUGGAAUGUUUGGCCAUCAAGUCGCAUUGAUAGCAGUCGAUUGGUAGUGCCACUCGGAUGUCUGUAUCAACCGUUGAGAGAACGCACAGAGCAAACGCGUCUACCAACCAUACAGUAUGAGCCAGUUUUGUGUACACGAAGCAAUUGUCGGGCAAUUUUGAAUCCGCUUUGUCAGGUGGAUUACCGCGCAAAGUUGUGGGUUUGCAAUUUUUGCUUCCAAAGAAAUCCAUUCCCACCACAGUACAGCGCAAUAACUGAGCAACAUCAGCCAGCCGAACUGAUACCAAACUUCAGCACAAUCGAAUACACCAUCGCACGGGCACCAUGUUUGCCACCAGUUUUUUUGUUGGUUGUCGAUACGUGCAUGGACGAUGAAGAAUUGGCUGCGCUGAAGGACUCAUUGCAAAUGUCACUGAGCUUGUUGCCACCUAACGCUCUCAUCGGUCUGAUUACAUUCGGGAAAAUGGUACAGGUGCAUGAGCUGAAUGGAACAGAAGGAUGUUCGAAAAGCUACGUCUUUCGGGGCACAAAAGACUUUACCGCGAAGCAGGUCCAAGAAAUGUUGGGAAUUGGACGAGUUACCACAGGAGGAAUGAAUCCACAGCAACCGAAAGGUGUUGCAGUUCCACCAGCUAAUCGAUUCUUGCAACCAGUACACAAGUGUGAUAUGGUAUUGACCGAUUUACUGAGUGAAUUGCAACGAGACCCGUGGCCAGUUCCCCAAGGGAAACGUGCACUACGUUCAACGGGUGCUGCUCUUUCGAUUGCUGUUGGAUUAUUGGAAUGCACAUACCCGAAUACCGGAGCCCGAAUAAUGAGCUUCGUUGGUGGUCCAUGCAGUCAAGGUCCUGGUCAAGUUGUUGACGAUGAACUCAAACAUCCAAUUCGUUCGCAUCACGACAUUCAUAAGGACAAUGCAAAAUAUUUGAAAAAAGCUACCAAACAUUAUGAUGCGUUGGCGAUGAGAACAGCUACCAAUGGUCAUUGUUUGGAUAUUUACUCAUGUGCCCUAGACCAAACUGGUCUAUUGGAAAUGAAGCAGUUGUGCAACUCAACUGGUGGUCAUAUGGUGAUGGGCGACUCAUUCAACUCUUCAUUGUUCAAGCAAACAUUCCAGCGUGUAUUUGCACGUGAUUCUAACAACGAUCUUAAAAUGGCAUUUAAUGCAACACUUGAAGUAAAAUGUUCCAGAGAAUUGAAAAUUGAGGGCGGAAUCGGUUCGUGCGUGUCAUUGAAUGUGAAAAAUGCAUCUGUAUCGGAUAAUGAAAUCGGCAUGGGGAAUACGGUGCAAUGGAAAGCAUGCGGUUUGAGUUCGAAUACGACAUUUGCAUUUUUCUUCGAGGUAGUAAACCAACAUGCGGCACCUAUUCCACAGGGCGGUCGAGGUUGUUUGCAGUUCAUUACACAAUAUCAGCAUUCUAGUGGACAACGUCGCAUUCGGGUUACAACAUUGGCAAGGAAUUGGGCCGACGCAUCGAUGAAUUUACCGCAUAUAAGUGCCGGUUUCGAUCAAGAAUCUGCAGCAGUAUUGAUGUCACGCAUGGUUGUUUAUCGAGCCGAGACCGAUGAUGGUCCAGAUGUUUUGCGCUGGGUUGAUCGAAUGCUUAUUCGUUUAUGUCAGAAGUUUGGUGAAUACGCCAAAGACGAUCCAAACAGUUUCCGUCUGGCGGAGAACUUUAGUUUAUAUCCACAAUUCAUGUACCAUCUACGACGUUCACAGUUCUUACAAGUGUUCAACAAUUCUCCCGAUGAAACAUCAUUUUAUAGACACAUGUUGAUGCGUGAGGAUCUUACACAAUCACUUAUUAUGAUUCAACCAAUUUUGUACUCAUAUUCAUUCAAUGGACCGCCAGAGCCGGUUCUUCUCGAUACGUCAUCAAUUCAACCAGACAGAAUUCUCUUGAUGGACACAUUCUUCCAGAUUCUGAUUUUCCAUGGAGAAACGAUUGCACAAUGGCGAGCCUUAAAAUAUCAAGAUAUGCCAGAAUACGCCAACUUCAAACAAUUACUUCAAGCGCCGGUUGAUGAUGCUCAAGAAAUUUUGCAAACUCGAUUCCCAAUGCCUCGGUAUAUUGACACUGAGCAAGGUGGUUCUCAAGCUCGAUUUUUGCUUUCAAAAGUCAAUCCUUCGCAGACACACAACAAUAUGUACGCUUAUGGUCAGGAUGGUGGCGCACCGGUACUUACUGAUGAUGUCUCACUCCAAGUAUUCAUGGAACAUCUGAAAAAGUUGGCCGUCUCUUCAAACACAUAAUGGCUCUUGAGAACAGAAUGUAGCACCAAAAUGCAUCCAUAGUUUGAGUAAAAUGCGCCAUGCAAAUACCGUAUUCAAGUUAAAUAAGCUUCAAUUUUUUUUAAAAAUCUAAUCGAAAUAUUAAGUUGUUCUCUUGUGCGUCUAAAUUAAUAAAAGUUCAUGGAAAUACAA